AGCAAACUGAUGUUGACGCUGAUCUUGUUUCUACGGGAUAUCUUCCAUCCGGAUAAUUUAAGUGUCAGUAUUGUCGUGAUCAAUCGAGAAUUUCCAACGAUUUGAACAUUGUUCUAUUUUGAAGCACAAGCAGUCACGCUUACUACUUAUCACUUCCCCUGCGUCAUCAUUCAUCGCUAUACAGUUUAUAUUUGCAUUUGUACAUUUAUUUGGCAAUUUUGUUCUCUCUUCUAGUUUUAUUUCUUUUUUCACCAGUUGCUAUUUCAAUAUCUUUUGUUUUUCAAGAUUCCCACUGCGUUUCUCGAUUCGUUAGACGAGCAUUCUGCACUUGCUUCUUACUACGUCAAUUGCAUUCUUGCAUUUUCGUUGCACGCUGCCACAAAUAUCAUUCGGACGUCAAUCAGCGACAAUGGACCCCGAUACUUCCGCGCCUGCCGCUCAGCCAUCUAUAUUCCGCUGGGUCAUCUCCUUCCUGCUCGUUGGCAUGGCAUGGGGCUUCACCACACCUUUCAUCCGCCGAGCCGCAAAGACAUACAAGCCCAUUGAGCGGCCCAGCGUGACGGAUCCAAACAAGAGUAUCGUCACGCGGUACGUUCUCAAGGGCAUGUAUACGGUCUGGGACCUUUUGCGGAGUCCCGCGUAUGCUGUUCCCUUGUUGAUUAAUCUUACGGGGAGCGUAUGGUUCUUUUUGUUAAUCGGGCGCGCCGAACUGUCAUUGACGGUACCCAUCACCAAUUCCCUCGCCUUUCUCUUCACCGUCUUAGGUGAAUGGUGGGCUGAGAAGAAGACUAUUUCACCCAAUACGUGGAUCGGCAUGACUCUCGUCCUCGGCGGCAUCGCACUAUGCGUCAUUUCGAAGAAGUAAAUCGACCUCUACGCGAUAAUCUUUAACGCGAUCUUCUCUAUUCCUUUUCUUUUCUAUACCUUUUGUAUUUCCCUCCUCGACCCUCUUUUGGUGGGGACUUCAUAUAGACUACCGUACUCUGUAUUUACUCCUAUACAUUCACUUGAUAUCUACUCGCAAAUUCAGCAGAUAUCUCUUUUUCCUGUUAGAAAUGCUAGAAAUGGAACAAUCACUUCAUAGACAGGGUUCGGUUCAAAUUCAACCAGGCAGUCCACUUAUCAGCGC